CAGGUCAUUAUGGCUCAAGUUUUACUCUAUACCGAUCACUCAAUACGGUUUCGUAUGCUUCCUGUCUAUUGUAAAUGAGUUCAUGCGAAUUCUUAAGGAUGUGGAAAUUUUCAUACACUUGGCUGCGCACACUUCAGACGGAGAAAAAAAAUUCUACAAUAACAAGAUGUUGCGUUUGAAUAAAAAAAUAUGAUUUGGAUAAGACAACCCGGCGUGUGGUGGUGAAUAGAAAAUUAUCAUAAUGUAAAUUCACAUAAUUGUCAAAAAUUAAACAGAUUAAUAUCUGACUCAUUAUCUAUCCUCGAAAAAUUGAUUCGGAAAAUUUAAGUGAAGGUAUUCUCCUUUUUCUUUGGAUUAACCCCCUGAUUUUAGCCACAACCUCUCGUUGCACGUGCCAAAGAUUCUCGUACUUCAGAUAUUGAAUAAAGAUGACUGAGAAACCGGAGAAUACAGCGACUUACCUAUUAGCAAAACAAGUCAAGCAACUCCCCGACGUCCACCGCGUCAAGGUCGUGAUAGUAGGUGCUGGUAAUGUGGGAAUGGCAGCAGCGAUAUCGAUAUUAUUCAAACGUCUGGCGUCUGAGUUAGUGUUGAUAGAUGCCAACGAGGAACUGGCGAGGGCAGAGGCUGAAGAUAUCAGUCACGCGGGUGCUUUCCUCGGCAAUCCAAAGAUCGUUGGUACCAAGGAUUACCUUGCGGCCAGCGAUGCGGCUGUCUGCGUCAUCACCGCAGGUGGCAGACAGCACGAUCAUCAACAAUCCAGUGAAAUACUUGGUAGUAAUCUCGAUAUAUUCAAGAGUGUUGUUCCAAACGUUUGCAAGUACGCUCCCAAUAGUAUUUUAAUCAUCGUGACGAGUCCAGUGGAUAUCCUUUCAUACGUGGCCUUGAGACUCUCCGGAUUCCCGCCCCAUCGUGUGAUAGGCCUUGGUACAUUUCUCGAUAGCUGCAGAUUUCAAUACUUUAUCGGUGAAAAAUUGGGAAUAUCACCGAGCUGUGUUCAGGCUUUUGUCAUAGGGGAAAGCAGUCCAGUGUCUGUGCCGGUGUGGUCUGCGGUCUCCGUGAUGGGAAUGCAGCUAAAGGACAUAAACCGGGAGAUCGGUGGAAGAAUGGACCCGGAGGGAUGGAGCGAAGUCCAUAGUAAAGUUGUUGCUUGUAAUCAGGAGAUGAUGACGAAGAAGUGUAACAAAUGGGCAGCGGGAGUUUGUGUCGCUGAGAUUGUUGACGCGGUUGUCAGGAAUACAUGUGUUUCCAUGACAGUAUCUACGUACAUCAUGGGAUGUAAACAUGGACUGGAGAAGGAUAUCUUCAUGUCCCUUCCUUGUAUAAUCGGCAGAAAUGGAGUUCAAUCUUAUAUUCGUCAUUGCUACACUCAAGAGGAACAAGAAUUGACUACUAAAUCCUGCAGAUCUAUUUAUGAAACUCAAAAAUCGAUUCUGGGAAGAUUGGAAUAGGGACUUUUCUCCUUCCAAAAUUAAAUUGUGAUUUGGUAUGAAAUAUUCUCAAGAAAUUUGCUGAUGGAGAAUGAAAAAAAAUCAAACAUUUCGGUAUUUCACAGUUUUUCGUUUUGUUAUCAGAAUUUAUUGACUGUAAUGUUGAUUGAUAAUAACCUGCGAUCGAGUGACACAAAAAUUGCAUGGGAAUAAUGAAAGUAGCAUGCGCAAGCACAUGUGCUUACUGCAAAACCCGACGACGUCUCUUAAUGAAUCUUCCAAUUAAUUAUGGAAUGUGACAAAAAUAAAUUCACCCCCGGUAUACCAGA